AUGGCUUCUAACAAUAUCUUACCCGAGCUCAAUAAUGCAUUGACGACAAUGUACUCCAACGCAUCGAGAGAUGACAAGCUCAAUGCAACUCAUUUCCUUGAACAGUUUCAGAAAUCACAAGAGGCAUGGCCCACAGUACACCAAAUAUUGAGCAAAAAAUCAUCCGAUGGCAAUGUGCAACUACAACUAUUUGCUGCACAAACACUAAGAUCCAAGAUCAUUUACGAUCUCUCUAGUCAAAUCCAAGAAGCCGACUACGAAGCAUUGAAAAGCUCUGUUUUGAGCCUACUCAAACUAUACCAUGCACCAAGUGAAAAGCUUAUAAGGACACAAUUGGCAGUAGCAAUGUCGCAAUUAGCAUUACAAUAUCUUUCAUGGAAGAAUGCCACGGGUGAAAUAGUGACGAGUCUAUCGGAAUCAUCCGAACUCACAUAUGUGCUAUUGGAGUUUUUGAAAAUUUUACCAGAAGAAUUAUCAGAUGUCAAAAAGUCGCAUUUGACAGAUGAGGAGUAUAACCAAAGGUCGGCAGAGUUGAUCACAGACCAAGUAGAACCAGUUAUUACCGUAUUGAAACACCUUGCCGAAAGCAACACACAACAAAAUCCUACACUCAACGCAGCCAUAUUGGAUUGUUUAAACAGUUGGAUCACUGAAGCCCCAGUAGAGCAAAUCCUCAACAUCCAAUCUUUAACCGCACUAAUUUUUCAAAGUUUAACACAUGAUGGCACAUUUGACAAGGCAAUCGAAUGUUUGGUGACAAUCAUUAGAGAAACAAGGGACAUUGACAAUUACCAAAUAAUUGACGCACUUUACCAACAAAUAGUCCAACUAAACAAAUUCAUGCACGAUAAUCCAGAUCAGUUGGAGGAUCCUGAGAAAGUAGACGGAUUGACUAGACUUUAUGUUGAAUGUGGAGAGUCAUGGCAUGCACUCAUUGCGAGAAAUCCAAAACACUUUAAACCACUCGUUGAGAUCCUUUUGGAAUGUACCAACAACAAAGAAGAUUUGGAUGUGGUGAAAUACACGUUCCAAUUUUGGUUCUUGCUCAAGCAAUUGAUUGUUAUGCCGAAAUUUGAAGAGGCAAGAAAUGAAUUUAAGGAAGUUUACCUCAAACUUAUUAGCAUCAUCAUUGCACUUUUAACGUACCCCAUAGUCGAAGGAGAUAUCACCAACAACUUGUUUGACGGCGAUAAAGAACAGGAAGAUAAAUUUAAAGAAUUCAGAUACGAAAUGGGCGAUGUUUUAAAAGAUUGUUGCGCCGUUGUGGGAGCAUCAAAGGCAUUGGAAGUACCUUUCCAGCAAAUCCAAAGUAUAUUGGCAAGCCUGCAAGGUCAAUGGCAAUCGCUCGAAGCUCCCCUUUUCUCAAUGAGAACAAUGGCAAAAGAAGUUCCUAAAAAAGAACACACCAUCUUGCCCACAAUCAUGUCAUAUUUGGUAAGAUUACCAGAACAUCCAAAAGUCAGGUACGCAGCAACAUUGGUGUUGGGAAGAUACACUGAGUGGACUGCAAAGAACCCGGAGUUUUUGGAGCCGCAACUUCAAUAUAUCACCAAAGGUUUCGAGGUAGCCAACAACAACAAUGAGAUAAUGAUGGCCACCUCGCAUGCGUUGAUGUACUUUUGCCAGGAUUGUGCAGAGCUUCUUGUCAACUAUUUGGAACAGUUGUAUUUGCUUUACGGACAAGUGCGGAAUCAAGUUGAUCUUGAGUCUAAUUAUGAAUUGAUGGAAGGUCUUGCUCAUGUCGUUGCCAAAGUACCAGAGGAAAACUUGUACAAAACCUCGGAGAUGUUUUUGCAGCCAACAAUAGAUAAUUUGCAAAGCUUGUCAUCUGGCACAGUUUCGGAUGCAUCGAAUAAGGAAAUUGCUGAGCAACUUGAGAUUAUCACCAUUUUUGUAAACGUCUUGAAGAUCAAUGAGUUUGAAAAACCAACGUAUCCUAUCGCCACUUUAUUUAUUGAAAAAAUCUGGCCAUUAACCACAUCAAUCUUGAAUCAAUUUCAACAGUCACUUGCAAUUAACGAAGCUUGUAUGAAAUUGUUCAAGACCGCAAUAUUAUCGCUUAGUUCCUACUUGAACCCCUUAUUGCCGCAAAUUGCCGAAGUGUUGCACCAAGGCUUCAAUCAAACUCACUAUGGGUGUUACUUGUGGGUCACUGGUGUAGUCAUUAGAGUAUUUGGAGACGAUGAAUUUUCAUCUCCUGAAAUCACAACUGCAGUCUACGAAUUUGGAUUACAACAAUGUCAAUCCUUUUUUGAGCAUUUCUCGAGUCACAAGAGCGAGACAGAAGUUAGGCUGCACCCUGAUGUUAUUGAAGAUUUCUUCCGCAUGUUGAAUGAUUUAUUGAUGUUUUUCCCAUUCAAACUUAUCUUGAAUUACGAUUUGUUGAAUUCAAUCUCAAAAGUCGUUGAUAUCACAUUAACUGUGAUUAAUGAGUACAAUCCAAUCAUCUCAUGUAUCCAUUUCCUCAUCGACUUGGUCUCGUGGGGUUUGGAGCACCCACCUAUUUCUUUAUUUGAACAACAGGAUACAGAGAGUUUAAAACAAGCAAUUAAGCAGUUUCUUGUGGCGGAUGCACAUGGUGGUGAAAUUUUGAGAGUAUUAAUACAAGGAUUAAUUUUCAAAUUUCCUGCUGAUGCACAACAGGAUGCAAAUGACUUGAUUUUGAAGAUCCUUAUUGUUGUGCCCAGUAAUGAAAUGGCAAUAAAUUGGCUCAAACUUGCAGUACACCAAUUACCUAAUGUAAAUGACAAAGAAAGCGAUCGUUUGUUUAGCACCGUUACUAUUGCAUUGCAGAAUAAGGACAAUAGGAGAGUCAGAUCGUCAUUAAGAGAUUUCAUAAACUGGUAUUUGAGGAAAAACGUGACACCAAGAUCUGAAUUUUGA